AUGGAAAGAAGACAAGGUAGAUCAAACAAUCAACAAUAAAAUAGAAAUAACAAUAAUCAAAGAUUCAAUGACAGACCAAAGACAAGCUUAUCUGCUGCUUCAACUCAAGAAGUAAUGAUCUAUACAAAUCAGUUCAAAGUAAACAUUAAAAAGAACAUGGCAGUGUAUCAAUAUGAAGUUAUUGUGACUCCAUCUGUUCAAGAGACUUAAGAAUAUCAUGAUAUUAUGCAUGCUGCAAGAAAGUCUUUUUGCCUCUCUAUAGGCACCUAUACAGUCAGUGGGAGAACAAUUUUUACUCCAGUUGAUUUGGGCGAGGAUGUGACUGUAGACCUAGACAUAUAUGGGAAAAAAUAUGAGAUUGUGAUUAACGCCUCUAGCAAAGUCUCAUUCAACUAGAAUAGCCUGGGAGAAAUAGGGAUGAACGAUAGAAUUUAAGUUAUGAACCUUAUUAACAACAUUCUUAAGAAUGCUCUAAGAGGAAUGGAUAAUCUUAGAUAAAUUGGGAAACUUCCAAAGUUCUUUGAUGAAUCUUAGGGUAGAUCAUUCUAUGAUGGCUUGAUACAAUCUUGCCCUGGAUUCAGAGCCUCUGCUUUUUCUUACUCAACAUAGAUGGCAGUGGUGCUAGAUAGCGUGAACAAAUUUAUCUACAACAAAACUUGUUUGGAAAUCAUUAGAGAAAUUGAGGAAGAUGAAACAAUCAAUCCAAAAGAUGUAAGAUAGAUUAUCUUGGACGAAUUCAUGUUUAAGUCUGUGAUUGGCAAAUGGGGUUAAAAAAUCCCAUACUUGGUCCUUGAUGUGAUUUUCGACAAAGAUCCCUAUACUUUCACCUUUGUGGACAAAAAUGGAGAUACAGUCACUAUGGCAGAGUACUUCAAAUCAAAGAUUGAAAUUGAAAACAAAAGAAAUGAUCCAAAGUCACUAAGAAGUAAGCCUCUGAACCCCAAACUAGAAAAGAAUCAACCUUUAUUUUUGGUAAAGAUGAAUGGAAAAGAAGUUCAUGUACCUCCUGAGUUAUGUAUAGUUGAUAAGCUUCCUAAUAGCAUCUCUAAUGACUUUAACACAAUGAGAGAGUUAUUGACAUCCUCUAGGAAAACCCCCAAUCAAAAGUUUAAUGCUAUUGAAGGCUUCAGCAAAAAGCUGUUUGCAUAGAAAAUUCUUAAAGAAUGGGGUAUUGAAGUAGAUAUGAAACCUAUGGAGUUCAAAUCAAAGGUCCUAGAGAGUCCUUUGGUUUAAUUAGGAGAUGGAACUGAGAAGAUAUGCUAGCAAAACGAUUUUAGAGCUCUAAGCAUACAAAAUUCUGUUACAUUAACUGAUUCUUAGUGGAUUCUAGCCUUUGAUUAAAGAAGUAGAACAUUAGGCUAAAAAGUUGAAGAUAUGUUGUAUCUGGCUUCACAAAAAUUAGGAAUGACUGUUGAAUACUCUCAUAAGAUGGAACUUAAAAACACCAGAGAUUGUUCUGAAUUCAAGAGAGAACUACAAGCAUACAUAAAAACAUAUGGCAAGCCUAUAAUAGUUGUUUUCAUUAUUCCAAAGGACGAUAAGUAUAAAGAUUUUAAAAAGAUUUGCUAUGAUGAGAGUGUGAAGAGCUAAGUUAUUAGCUUCAAAAUUGCAAACAAGAUUGAGCCUUCAAUUGCUUCUAAUAUCUUGAAAUAGAUAAACUCCAAACUAGGUGGCGACCUAUUCAAGAUCAAAUUCUCUAAGAACGUAAAUAAGAAGACUAUGGUUUGUGGAAUCGAUGUAUGCCAUGCUGGAAAUAAAUCUACAGUUGGAUUUUGUGCAACAAUUAAUAAGGAAAUGAGCCAAUAUUAUUCAAACAAAAUUUAUCAAGCUAAAAAAACUGAAAUCGUAUCGAAGUAGUUGAAAGCCUUGAUCAAACAAGCUUUACAGUCAUAUGAAAAUUUAAACGAUUCCUAUCCAGAACACAUCAUUAUCUAUAGAGAUGGUGUUGGAGAUCAACAAAGACGUGAUGUACUUCAAUCUGAAGUGACCUAAUUCAAAGACGCAAUAAAUGAGACAUAUAACAAAUCAAGCAAUAAGCCAAAGAUUACUGUGAUAGUAGUCAAUAAGAGAAUAAAUCAAAGAUUCUUCAUCGAAAAUCAUAAUCAAGAUCUUGAGAAUCCUCCUUCUGGUUGUGUGAUUGAUUCAACUACCGUUGGUGAAAUAACUUCAAAUCAAGAUUUUGACUUUUAUCUAAUUCCACAAAAGACAACUUAAGGAACAGUCAUUCCUACACACUUCUAUGUCAUUUAUAAUGACUCUCCACUAGAUAGAGCAACUAUUGAAAAAUUGACAUUUGAUUUGUGUUUCUACUAUUUCAAUUGGUCUGGAGCCAUCAAGGUCCCUGCUCCUUGCAUGUAUGCACACAAGAUUGCAGAACUAUACAGUACAUUGUAACACAAUAAGACAACAGAUGACUUGGACAUCUAACAAAGUCUCCACUUUUUAUGA